GGGGCGGGCAGCGCCAUUGUCGCGCUGUCACCGCUGCGAUGGGACCGAGCCCCCGCCCCAAACCGCCCCACCGCAACCCCAGGUGCUGGGGGGCACAGUUGGGUGCUGAGCCUUCAGCAGCAUGGAGGUGCCCUGGGUGCUGCUGGCCGCUGCUCUCCUGCCCUCCGGCUGGGCCACCAAGCCCCUGCCCACGCUGGCCCCACCGCUGAUCGUGGCGGUGGCCGGGCAACCCCGGCGGCUGGUGGCCUGCGUGGUGAGAGAGCUAGCCCCCGGCUCCGGCCAUGCUGUCUGGAUCUCCGGCGGGAACGGCAGCGCCUUACAGCCCCUCGCCUACGGGACCUCUCGGGAGGACGGCGGCACCGUUUGCGCCGUCGCCCUCCUCCCCGGUGACCCGCGCGGCAAGGGGGAUCUCGCCUGCCAUGUGGGACCCAACGCGACGGCCCCAACCCACAGCUCCAGCCCCGUCUGCUUCACGGGCGAGGAGGAGGUGACAAAACCAUGUCCCAGCAGCGUGGUGGUGUGCAAGUACGUGGCGGUGGAGCUGAAAUCCGCUUUUGAAGAGACAGGCAAGACCAAGGAGGUGAUCGACACCAAGUACGGCUUCCUGGACGGGAAGGGCUCCGCUGUCAAGUACACGCAGUCGGACAUCCGCUUAAUCGAGGUGACAGAAAACAUCUGCAAGCGGCUCUUGGAUUACAACCUGCACAAGGAGAGGAGCGGCAGUAACAGAUUCGCGAAGGGCAUGUCAGAGACGUUCGAGACGCUGCACAACCUGGUGCACAAGGGCGUCAAGGUGGUGAUGGACAUCCCCUACGAGCUGUGGAACGAGACCUCGGCAGAGGUGGCUGACCUCAAAAAGCAGUGCGACGUGCUGGUGGAGGAGUACGAAGACGUGAUCGAGGACUGGUACCGGCACCACCAGACGGAGGAUCUCUCCCAGUUUCUCUGCGCGGAGCACGUGCUCAAAGGGAAGGACACGAGCUGCCUGGCGGAGAAGUGGAGCGGCAAGAAGGGCGACUUGGCAAGUGCCGGGGGGAAACCGAGCAAGAGAAAGAGCGGGAAGAAGAAGAAGAAGGAGGAGGAGGAGGAGGAGGAGGGAGCCGGCAGGCUGCUGCCCGCGGGGGAGCCGCUGGAGGAGAGCGGGGUGCAGGAGGAGGCUCCGCUCCCCCGCAGCCCCGCCGAUGAGCUGUAGGCGCCCGGGACCGAAGGGACUUGUGCUGGGGCGGGGGCGGCCCGGGGCGCCUGGCCCCAGCCCGGGCGGUCACCGGGCCGGGACCCCCCGCCCGACGCUGUAAAUAAAGAGACGUUUGUC